AUGUCCGUGUCCCCUCCUACCAAUUCAAACGUUCCACCCAUUUCGGUUGGAUUCUACCGGUUACAAGAAGAUCCCGAUGCUUCUUUGGCCGGCAAAGAGGCGAGGGAAUCUGGUUAUGACUUCAUUACCCUUCCUAUCACUCUUCCUAGUUAUAGACGUUUCCUGUUUGAACAACAACUCAACGAUAAUACGGAGUCAAGAGCCAUGGAGGAAUGGAGAAGAAGAUAUGUAUUUUCCAGCGAGGAUCUGGUGUUGAAGAAUGCCG